AUGACUCAGGGAAUCAGUACUUUUCGGUUCCCGGCGGAUACCGCACUAAGCGCUGUGCUCGAACGAGCCGCUCAGCGUCGUCAAUUGCCACAACAUGGUGGCUAUCAGUACCAUUUGGAAAGUUGGCCUCACGUCACCGAGCAACGCACGCCACCAUUGCAACGUCACAACUCGCAAUCCGAACAACAACAACAGUCACUAGGUGGACAGAAAAAGACACCGGAUUCGUCUGAAGGUCCACCGCGUCGGGGACAGCGGUUGGAUUUGAACAUGCGUCUGAGCGAAGUGGUCGCUGCUCACUUGCCAUUGCGAUUCGUCCUUGUGCGGGACAACAGUAAGUUGCUUGCAUGA